AUGGUACUCGAUUCGAUAUUGAAAAAUAAAAAUGAAAACAAUGUUACAAUUGGUGGAAAUCUUCAUCAGCAAUUACCCUCAAAUAAAAAAAUCAAAUGGAUGGCAUUAAUUUUUUUCUUGGUUUUAAGCGUUUCAUUUAGUCUAAUAACGUCAAAGUGGAUAUAUUUUAAAAAAUCAAAUUCACAAUAUACUCGCAUAUCGCAACAAGACUUACUAGAUGGUUGUCGAUAUGUUUACAUCGAUCUAGGAACAAAUAUUGGAAUACAAAUUCGAAAACUCUAUGAACCACAUUUAUAUCCAAAUGCACAUGUUCUACCACUUUUUAAACAAAUUUUCGAAAAUCACUCAAAUGAAGUAUGUUCUGUUGGUUUCGAAGCUAAUCCUUUACAUGAAAAUUAUUUGAAAGAAUUUGAAAAUUAUUGUUUAAAACACAAUUGGCGUGUAAAAAUUUUUACAUCGACUGCUGUUAGUAUUAUAGAAAAAAAUCUCACAUUUUAUAUUGAACCAGGAAAUGAAGCAAAUAAUCAAUGGGGUGCAAGCUUAGAAGCAAACAUAAAGAAACCAAGUAUCAUUGUACCAAGUAUUGAUAUCGUAUCUUGGUUUAAAAAAACAGUAUUAAAUCGAAAAAUACCUCCUGGAUUUGCUUCAUCAAAAAUUAUGAUGAAAAUUGAUAUUGAAGGACAUGAUCCAAUUGUCCUAGCAAAUCUUAUACUCAAUGGAAUUUAUUGCUCAAUCGAUCUUAUUUAUGGUGAGCAUUUUGAUAAGAAAUUUCAAAAUGCAAUUUCCGUAUUACAACAAUAUUCGAAUUCGUGUAAAACUAAAUUAAUUUAUAUGGACGAUGAAUCAUAUCAUAAUAAAAGAUUUCCUUUUAUUAUAGAUAAUUAA